AUGAGGGGAGUUAAGCUGAUGGGGGUACUGUUUGCCCUGACUGGCAUGUUAGAAGUGACCCUGUCCCUGAGAAUAGCAGCUUUCAACAUCCGGACUUUUGGAGAAACGAAGAUUUCCAAUGCCACCCUUGCCAACUAUAUUACACAGAUCCUGAGCCGCUACGACAUUGCCCUUGUCCAGGAGGUCCGAGACAGUCACCUUACUGCUGUGGGGAAACUUCUGGACAAACUAAAUGAGAAGGCCCCCAACACCUAUAAUUAUGUGGUCAGCCCGCCUCUGGGACGCAGCACCUAUAAGGAACGCUACCUCUUCGUGUUCAGGCCUGACCAAGUGUCCGUGCUGGACUCUUACCUCUACGAUGAUGGCUGUGAGCCCUGUGGGAAUGACACCUUCAGCCGAGAGCCAGCCAUCGUCAAGUUCUUCUCCCCAUACACUGAGGUCAAGGAGUUUGCUAUUGCUCCGCUACAUGCAGCCCCUUUGGAAGCAGUGGCUGAGAUCAACUCUCUCUAUGAUGUCUACUUGGACAUCCAAAAGAAGUGGGACUUGGAGGAAGUCAUGUUCAUGGGUGAUUUCAAUGCUGGCUGCAGCUAUGUGAGCAACUCGCAAUGGUCAUCCAUCCGCCUGCGCACAGACCCAGCCUUCCUAUGGCUGAUUCCCGACAGCGCUGAUACCACCGUGACAACCACCCACUGUGCUUAUGACAGGAUUGUGGUUGCUGGAGCUCUGCUGCAGAAUGCCAUUGUUCCAGACUCAGCUGGCACCUUUGACUUCCAGAAGGCAUACGGGCUAAGCUGUCAGAUGGCCCUGGCUAUCAGUGACCACUACCCAGUGGAGGUGAUGCUGAAGCAAGCCUGA